UGCGCAGGCGUUGUACAGACGAAACAACGGAAGAGGUCACUUCAGCAUGAGUAGCUCGGUGGACUACCAACCAUCGUUUUGAUUUCUACAGAAUUAGGCUACCUCUCUUUUUAACUUCUUAUCUGAAUCGGCGGUACCCUUCUUUCUAUUUACACUUGGUUCCAACGUAGGUUACAGUUGGCUAAUUAUCGAGAGAAACAACAUUGUAGCUGACAAGGCGGGCGCCAUCAGUGUAGCAUUUCUCAAUAUGAAAUGAUAUAAUCGGCUGCCAAUGUAACAGAACAAUGCAACAUUUUUAAGCAAGAGUGAUACUUUUGUUUCCUGUAAUUUAAAGAAAAGAUGACAGCUCGCAACAGUGUAACACAUGGAAUACCCAACACUAAGGUCAAGUACUCCAAAUUAGCCAGUGAUGAUGACGGCUACAUUGACCUGCAGUUCAAAAAGAGCCCACCCAAGGUCCCAUACAAAGCCAUUGCACUGGCCACUGGCCUCUUCUUGAUUGGCUCUCUGUUAAUCACCAUUGGAGCCCUCCUAUUGGCAGGAUACUUUGAAGUCACACAUGCUGACCGGACUGUGCCUGUUCUCAUCAUUGGAAUCCUGGUUUUCCUUCCUGGAUUCUAUCACCUGCGGAUAGCUUACUAUGCAUCAAAGGGCUACCGUGGUUACUCCUAUGAUGAUAUACCAGAUUUUGAUGACUGAGCCACUCCUCACUGAGAGUCAUGUGUUAUUUUUAUAUAGUGUUGUUAAAUACAUUAAUCAGACAGGGAUCUAGUCCUAAAGCAGAUGUCCUUUGAUGUUUUUGUUAAUCAUAGAAUGUCUUAACUUUUUGUUAUUUGACUGAAUUACCACCAUAGUUCAUUAUGAUUGAUUACUAUAUUUAGUUUAGAUAUGUUUGUG